AUGAUGUUCAAGAGGAAUAACGAAUAUGGCGAUGAACCUGUUGCACCUGCAGCUGGUUACGCUGCAGCAGCACCACCAGCUCCAGCUCCCGUUGAACAGGCACCUGCUGCGGUACAACAAUUUGCCGAAGCUCCAGCAGCGGUGGAAUCUAGCGGUUACCGAAAGAAGAGGAACAAUGAAUAUGGCGAUGAACCCGUUGCACCGGCAGGUGGAUAUGAAGUUGCAGCCGCAGUAGCUCCAGCUCCAGCCCCAGUUGAACAAGCACCAGCCGCACUUCAGCAAGUUGCAGAAGCGCCAGCAGAAGUAGAAUCUAGUGGAUAUUAG